UAAUAUAAAGGUUAACACGUUACUGAUCUAGUAAAAAGUAUGUUUCCCACUUCAAAGUGUUUUCUUCUAUUCAUGCUGCCAUGCUACGCUAUCCAAUCACUAUGACGCCACUAUAUUUAUACACUCUUCCCCGAAUCCUCGGUAUGCAUCUCAUUCCCAUACAAACUAAUCCUGAUUGCAUUGCAUAUUUCCAGUGCACACAUACAAAUGGAUUGCACGAGAAUCCAAACCACCCCGUACCAUAGUAAGAACUGGAAAUAUGAUGUGUUUGUGAGUUUCAGAGGAGAGACUCGUAACAACUUCACCGAUCAUCUUUUUGAUGCUCUCCGCAGACACGGCAUACUUUCCUUCAGGGAUGAUACUAAGCUCGAGAAAGGAGGACCUAUAUCAGCAGGGCUUCUGCAAGCUAUUGAAGAAUCGCAGGUUCUAAUUGUGGUCUUCUCAAUGGACUAUGCUUCGUCCACAUGGUGCUUGCAAGAACUCGCACAGAUAGCUGAUUGCAUUCAAAUACCAGGACACCGUGUUCUGCCUGUUUUCUAUAAUGUGAGUCCAUCUGAGGUCAGAAAGCAAAGUGGAAAUUAUGAAAAAGCCUUUAUGGAACAUGAAGAAAGAUUCAAAGAUGAUGCAGAGAUGAUGGAGCAAGUGCGAAGAUGGAGGGCAGCGCUAACACAAGUAGCCAAUCUCUCUGGCUGGGAUGUCAAGGAUAAGUCACAAUCUGCUGAGAUUGAAAAUAUUGUGAAAGUGGUAACAAGCAUUCUGAGUCCCAAACAAUCAUCAAGUCUAUCUAAUGAUAUAGUUGGGAUGCAUUCCCCUGUACAAGAAUUAGAAAAGCUUCUAGUUUUGGACUCAGAUGAUGAUGUUCGAGUUGUAGGGAUUUGUGGAAUGGGUGGCAUAGGAAAGUCAACUCUUGCCACCAUCUUAUAUGAAAAAAUCUCACAUCAAUAUGAUGCUUCAUGUUUUGUAGAUGAUGUAAGUAGAAUUUACGAAGGUUAUGGUCCACUUGGUGUACAAAAGCAACUUCUUUGUCAAGCUUUCAUGGAAGAAAAUUUUCCAACAUGCAAUCUUUCAUUGGCAAAUAAUCUGAUUCAAACUAGGUUACGCCAUAGAAAGGUUCUCAUAGUUCUUGAUAAUGUUGAUCAAGGGAUUCAAUUGGAGAAGUUGGCUAUAAAACCGGAAUGGCUAGGCAGAGGGAGUAGAAUGAUCAUAGUUUCCAGAGAUGAGCAUAUAUUGAGAGAGUAUGGAGUGGACGACGUUUACAAAGUUAAACUCUUAAAUGAUGAGAAUGCUCUCCAAUUGUUUUGCAGAAAAGCUUUCAAAUGUAAUCAUGUUGCAAAAGAUUAUGAAAACCUGACAAAUUCUGUGUUAACAUAUGCUAAUGGACUUCCGUUAGCAAUUAGAGUAUUGGGCUCAUUUUUGUUUGGGCGAGAUGUCUCUGAGUGGAGUAGUGCAUUGGUUAGACUGAAAGAAAAUCCAACAAAAGAUAUCAUGGAUGUGCUACGAAUCAGUUUUGAUGGACUUGAGAAUAUGGAAAAAGAAAUAUUUCUUGAUAUUGCAUGUUUCUUUCACAAUGAGUUUGUAGGAUAUGUAAAGGAUAUUUUGAAUAUUCGAGGUUUUUAUGCUGAUAUUGGUAUAAGAAUUCUUAUUGAUAAAUCACUCAUAACUUGUAAUCACUGGGGUUGGAUUGUUAUGCAUGAUCUGUUGCAAGAGUUGGGUAGAAGUAUUGUUCGAGGAAAAUCACCCAAAGAACCAGGAAAAUGGAGCAGGUUAUGGGAUCAAAAGGAUCUAAGAUAUGUCCAGCAAGAAAACAAGGAUCUACAUAACUUGACACAUAUGGAACUAUGUCAUUCCAAAAAUCUGGUAAAGAUACCAAAUUUAUCACAGGCCCCAAAUCUUGAGCACCUAGAUCUUGAAGGAUGCGUUAAACUUGUUCACCUUGAUGCUUCCACUGGUUCUCUAGAAAAGCUUCAUUUUUUGAAUCUGAAAAACUGCAAAAGUCUUGUUAGUAUUCCCAAUAGCAUAUUUGGUCUUAAUUCACUGUAUGAUUUAAAUCUAUCUGGCUGCAAGAGAUUGUUUAAAUAUCAGUUGUUAGAGAAAUCCAGGCAAAGUGAGCAGUUGAAUGCGGGUCAAAUUGUAGAAAGGCACAUGACAUCAUCCAUACGCAAAACUCUUACAAGGCCUCUCCAGUUUCUGUCUUCUAGAAGGUGUGCCAAUUCAGUUGGUUUGUUGGUGCCUUCUGUGUCUCGUUUCCCAGCUUUGGUAUCUCUUGCUAUAAGUUUCUGUAAUCUGAUUCAAAUCCCUGAUGCUAUUGGACUGUUACGUUGUUUAGAAGAUUUAAACAUAGGGGGGAACAAUUUUGUGACGCUACCUCAUUGCAUCAAGGAACUUCCCAAGCUAACUUGGUUGAAUUUGGAGCACUGUAAGCAUCUAAAGUGGAUGCCUAGUACCCUUUUGCCGAUACGAGGAGGUAGCAAUGGAGGAAUAUUUGUUUACAACUGCCCCAAUUUGAGUGACACGGAAGGUUGUCGUGUGACAGUUAUUUCAUGGAUGAUAAAAAUGAUUCAGGUACCAACUUCAAUUCCCUUUUUUCUGUGUAUAUUAUGAACUUAUAUUGUUAACUAGAAUGUGACCCGCGCGAUGCGCGGGACGGUAAAUUAAUAAUAGUAUAUAAUAAAUAUUAAAAAUUAUUAUGUUUUGUAGAAUUAAAUGAAAUAUGUAUAAACUAAAAAUAAAUUUAAAUGGUAUUUUAUUUAAAAGAAAUGGUAGUACAAAGUAUUUGGAUGUUGGAAUUGAUUUUUGCAUUUGGUUUAAUUGAUGGAAUUGGUCUUCUUAUGUGACACUCGUCUUCCUUUUUUUAUUGGUUGUUGUUAGAGUUGUUGUUUUUUUUUUCUGUCAUAAGUUGUUGUGAAGGCAUGUUCCUUAUGAAUUGGUGAGUUGUAUGCACUUUCUUUUGUGUUGUUUGCUCCCUCUUUGCAUGUAUGGUCUUCUUCCGAAAAUGUGUCUUGAAUUUGUAUCGUUUUUUUUCUCCUCAACCUCUUGAUAGGUAUGUGAUCUUCGUCUGAUGAUAUUAGUGUUGGCGAAGUUGGUUCCUAUAAUCAAUGAAUAAUAUAAAUUAGAAAUAAAAAUGAUGUUUUAAUAAGUCUUUUUUAGUAUUACUUGUUUUAUUUGUUGUAAUGGGUGUUGCUAUUCAGUGUUUUUAGUUGGAACAAAUGUCUUGGUAACGGUGUAUUGUUGAGAACCUUCUUUGAGAUUAAACUCAUUUAGUUUGACUUCAAAAAUAAGUGUGAGGUUGCACAAGUUUUUCAAUUGGAGUGGUGCUUCAAGAUCAUUACUUUUCUGGAGUGUGAUUAGAUUUGAAGCAGUUGUGUCCAACAAUUUUUUUGCUUCAUCAUCAAAUAAUACAAAAGUUGUUGUAGCACUUUGAUCUGAAACCUUUAAUUGAAUUCUGAACCUAAAAUAAGUAUUGGGUUAAUAACUAAUAAUUUACUAAAUGAGAUUAUGAAAAGUAUAUAAAGUUACCUUAUGGUUGGAUAUUGUGGUGUUUGAUUACAUGUGCCACAGAUGUAGUUGUCUCCUUUUUUAUAUGCUUUCUUAUGAUACUUUUCACAUUCAACAUAGUUCCAUCCAAAUUUGUCAUCAGUUCCGUUUAUAGUUGCUAAAAUUGUAAAGAUCUUUUCCUAUUCCAAUAUUCCAUUUAUGUUAUCAUUAGGUAUAUUGUAUUUGAGUAAGAAUGAAUGUAUAAUGCAUGUUGUGAGAUUUUUUUGUCAUACCUGAUAAUCAGAUUCCCAUUGCAUAGCCAUUAGAUCUUGAAUAGUUAUUUGAUUUCUAAUCAUUCUAUUCUGAAGAUUUGUGUUGGCAUUGUCUUGGCUUGGUAUCUCCAUUACUUCUUCAUUUUGAUCA